AUGAAUUUUAAAAAAAAUCCUUAGACUCAGGAUUAAAUUAAGAAUGGAAGACUACAUUCUCGUUCUAUUGAGCACAAAUCAAUCUCGUUAUCUUUUAGUAAUGCUGAAUUUUUUAACAGACAAUAAUUAUAUGAUGAGUUAUAUAACUCCAAUCGAUUUUAAAUAUAAAGUUCAAAUUGUUUAAGAACAGAAUAAAGAAGCAAGCAGAGCAAAUUUAAGGAGGUUGUUGAAUCUGCUUAAACAAAAUUUAUUGCAUCUCCUAUUAAUCAUAGAAAGAAUAUUACAAACUUGUAAUAAAGAGCAAUUUCAGAAAUAGUUGAAUAAUUGAGAAAGCAGAAGAGAGAAAAUAAUGCCAAGCUAAAAAAUACUGAUAAUAAUUCCAAGAAAUAAAACUAAUUAAAUCUAAAUUUCAUUUUAGUAAUAGCAAUAUCAUUAAUCUGUUAUUUAGUCGUACUUUAUGAAAUGAUUAAACCACUAAGUCCCAAUUCUAAAUGA